GUGAUAGAGAAAGCGGCUCAGAUAAGCUGAACAGCAGCGUCAUCAGUUGGAGUGUGCAACAUGAUUUCCUACCCAAGCAACUCCUCUCACCCAUCUACUCUGAAAUUGUUCUCGACAGGAUGGCUGAGGAACACAACUACGCUACUGUGAGCUUUGCUCCAAAGCAAAUGGAAUUGACUGAAAUGGAAAGCUCAGAGCCGAAAGAACCAAAUGGUGAAAUCACUUAUGCAGAAGUAAAAUUUGCAAAACCUUUGAAUCACCAGGAGAAGGACUUUCAAAUGGUCCAGAGGGAGGAGGUCAUCUAUGCAGAAGUGAAAUAUACUAAUCUUCAGCAGAAAAACUCCAGCUCUCAAACAGCCAGUGAUAUAAAUAAAGACAAUGCAGACACUCACUGCAGAACUGAAUGGAAAACACCUGGGGAUGAAAAGCAGUCCAAUGGUGACACAACUAAAGUGCAAUCAACAAAUGACAAACAAAUGUUUUCACCUCUAAAGCUGCUGCUCAUAUUGCUGUUUUCUUUGUUACUGGCUGUCGGCUCCUCCUUGGGUGUUUACUGUGAAUUCAAGUACAAAUCCAUGCAAUUUCCAUUGACAAACACCGGCAGUAGAAUUGGUCACACUGAUGAGCUCAGUGACUUUAAACAUGGUAAAGACAGCCAUGAGACUGCUCCGUCUGCAGCACCACCAACACUUUUCUACCUGCUUAAGUAUUUUGGCCUGAGUGUGCAGAGGCUGGUGGAGCUUCAGUUGAGUGAGCUGGGAAAAAAAUGUCAGAUCAAGUUGUCACUGACUCCAGGUGAACUUUGUGAAGCAGGGUUGACAGAAAUACUGCGGGCAAAAGACGAGGAAGCUCUCAAAGCUGUGAUCCGGGCCUUGAAUGAUGUUUGCAGUGUCAGCUCAGUAAAGAAAACCAGCUUAAAGAUCAGAACAUUUGAAGCUCCAUCGCUUCCUCACUUUUAA